UCCUACAACACAUCAUGAUCGCUCCUCGACUCGCCAUUGCAUCUGCUCGCCCAGCCCUACGACGUGGAGCCCUUGCAGCUAGGGCUCCUCGUCUGGCUGUUCGAAAUGCCUCGUCGAACCCUCACUCGGGCAACGCAGGCCAGGUCAAGUCUUCCGACACGCCCUGGGCCAUUGCCUCUGCCGUCGUCUUCGGCUCCCUCUUUGUCUACCUCACCUCACCAGCAUCGAAGACCCACAACGAGCACGGUCACAUCACCGGCGGCAAGGCACCCACCACACACGGUACCGGAUCUUCCCGAUCUGAUGACAAGACAGGUGACGAGGCCGUUUGGAAGCAGGAGGACGGACACGAGGCCGGCGAGCACCAGUACGAGGCUGAGCACGAUGAAGACACACCCGAGGGUGACAAGCAUCUCAAGGCUAGCAGGAACCCUGACAAGGGAGCUCACGAUCAGAAGAGCCCUAGCGCAAAGGAGAGGGACGAGAGUAACUCUACUUCGGGUAUUCAGAAUUCCAACUUCAAGCACGGAAUUGCCGCCUCCAAGGACGGAGAGCACAUUUCGAAUCCCAAGGAAGUGGUAGCAAAGGCCCAGGCUGACAGGCAGGACAAGAAGGCCGACAAGGAGACUCAGAAGGACGUCUCUGAGAAGAGUGAAAAGGACGAGGGAGCCGACACUAUUCCGGAGAAUGAGGGCGCCGAGUAAAGCGGCUCUACAGAUCAGUCUAGUGCGGGAGACCUUCGAGGUUGGAGCAAGUCAAAGUAGGCAGGGAAAUGAGGGAGACCGAAGUGGAAUACGGCUUCUCAUGAAAAGUCGUAAGGGGGAGACUUCCUGGCGCCGACGUUCCAUUGCUUUUCUCCGUGCUCCCAGCUUUGGGUGAGGAGAAAGAGAACAAUUGCUCAGCCCAGUGUAGCAUCUCAGCA